AUGGCGAAAGCUCUCAUUCUCGGCAGCACUGGCCUAGUGGGGUCUUUCAUUCUGUCAACCCUGAGAACCAAUCCGUCUUCUCAGUUCUCCAGCAUUGAGAUCAUUGCUCGACGAUCUCCUCCAGCCGCGGCAGGUCCAUCCAUCCCAGUCAAUGAGUUCGUUGAGAAGGAUACGUCCAAAUGGGCCGCUCAUCUCUCGUCCUUGUCUCCACCAGCCUCUGUCCUCUUCUGUGGUCUCGCCACGACGCGAGCUGCAGCGGGCGGCUUCGACAAACAGUACAAGCUUGAGCACGACUUGAACAUUGAGCUUGCCAAAGCUGCCAAAGAGGCAGGAACAAAGACCUAUGUCUUAAUUUCCUCCGGCGGCGCCGACCCUCACUCAUUGUUUGGGUACACCAAAAUGAAAGGCGAGAUUGAAGAAGACGUGAAGGCCCUCGAAUUCGAUCAUACGAUUAUUCUUCGACCAGGCCUUAUUAUUGGCAAGCGUCAAGACAGCCGGCUUGUGGAAUUCAUCUUGCAGGGGUUUGCUUCUGGAUUGGGCAGACUCCAUCGGUCACUGAAGGAUGUGUGGGCUCAAGAUGCAGAUAUCAUCGCAAAGGCAGCUGUUGCUGCAGCGAUCAAGGCCGAAAAAGGAGAGGUCAAGGAUAAAGUAUGGGUGAUUGGCCAAAAAGAAAUUCUCCAGCUUGGGUCUAAGGAAUGGAAGGCAGAUUCCUAA